GCAGAGCUAUUGCCGGGCGGGAUUUCCGCAAUAUCAAGUAUGGCGAAGACCUACGAUUAUUUGUUCAAACUACUAUUAAUCGGAGAUUCCGGAGUCGGAAAAACAUGCGUAUUGUUCAGAUUUUCAGAGGAUGCAUUCAACUCCACCUUUAUCUCUACAAUAGGCAUUGACUUCAAGAUUAGGACAAUAGAACUAGAUGGCAAGAAGAUUAAGCUGCAGAUAUGGGACACAGCAGGCCAGGAGAGAUUCAGAACGAUCACAACAGCAUACUACAGGGGAGCCAUGGGUAUUAUGUUGGUGUAUGACAUCACCAAUGAAAAAUCCUUCGACAACAUAAAGAACUGGAUAAGGAACAUUGAAGAACAUGCAUCGGCAGAUGUUGAGAAGAUGAUUCUUGGCAACAAGUGUGACAUCAAUGAAAAACGACAGGUUUCCAAAGACAGAGGCGAGAAGCUGGCUCUGGAGUAUGGCAUCAAGUUCAUGGAGACCAGUGCAAAGGCCAAUAUAAAUGUUGAAAAUGCAUUCCUAACACUUGCCAGAGACAUCAAAGCAAAAAUGGACACGAAAUUGGAGGGCAACAGUCCGCAGGGCAGCAACCACGGGGUGAAAAUCACCACGGAGCAGCAGCAGAAAAAGACCAGCUUCUUCCGCUGUGUGCUCCUGUGAGGCUGCGCCUGCCUGUCCGCCUUACCGUCCACCUGUACGAGCUGGACGCCACUGGACUGUGCUCUUGCUCUCAGCACUCCCCAGACCAACCCUUUCCCUCCAUCCCUCUCUCUCUCUCUCUCUCUCUCUCUCUCUCUUCCUCUCUGUCUGGAUCUGUCUUUUAAUCUCUUUUGCUUCUCUCUCUUCGUUUGCCCCCCCCUCUCUCUCUCUCUCUCUCCCUGCCCCACUUUCCUUCUCCUACCAGUUGGCUGAUGGACGUAGUUUGCUCUCUGUCCAUCUUCUUCCAUAAGACACACACACCGGUGAUGGCAUUCUCUUCCAGGCUUAUGAUCCUUUGCCAAUAUUGCCGCGCUUCCGAUUGGCUGUACCUGGUCGAGGUGAAGAGCUGAGCCGGCUUGUGCCGGUCUGAAGGGCCGUGCGCUCUCUCUCUCUCUCUCUCUCUCUCUCUCUCUCUCUCUCUCUCUCUCUCUCUCUCUCUCUCUCUCUCUCUCUGUGCGUACAUCCACACUUCAGGAAGAAGAGGCCCACCGCUCCUGUUUGUCCAACAGCCCUGUCUUGGAGCGCUCUCAUCUGAGCAUGUCGCUGCCAAACUCUUGCCCCAGCCCCCUCAGCCCCAGUCAGCCCCGAUCUAGUUCCGGAGGUAGCAGAUUGGUUUGAGAGUUGUUCUUCCUGGGUCAAGCUGUAGAGCACAAUUUGUUGCUGAGUGUUUUGGAGCACUGUUUAAGAAGCUUCUAUCCUUCAUUCCAUUCUGUUGUUUUGUGUUUCUGUUUUUCUAAAUCCCCAUGCAUUCCGUGACAAUCACUUGACCUAACUUUUGAGAAAAAUAGGAAGCUGGUAGCGGGCCUCUUGUUUUCUGGGCAUCGUUCCUCUUGUAUGUUAGAAUUUAUUUUUUCUUCAGAAACUUUUUUUUUUUUUAUUUCCCCGAAAAAAAUCUCCCAUAAUCACCAUCUGGACAUUGGGUCUGAAACGGCAUAUUUAUGCAGAUAGUACACCUUGCCAUCUUUGUUUACCUUUGUUCAUGCUAUUGAGAUUUUCUUGCAGAAUCUGUGCACAACUUGUUAUUUCAAGUUAGGCUUAUUGAUUUUCUUUUGAUUUUUUUUUUUUUUCUUUUUUUCACUUUCUUUUUUAAACAUGUUUCAUGAUUUCCCCCCAAAGCAUCAUAUUGACAGUCUGGGCUUUUUUUGUUUGUUGGUUUUUAAUCAUUAUUUUCAUCACUUGGCAAUUCACUUCUCAAAUCCCCCUCCGUGGACGGUCCACUGUGGAUGGUAUACUGUAAGCGUGUGCCCAGCUCACUGGACUCAUUGCUACCAUCUGAUCCAAAAACCUCAGGACUUGUCUCAGUAAAGAUCUGAGGGAUUGUAGCAGAAUGCCCCCCCCACUCCCCACCUUCCCUUGGUAACAACACACAUUUCUUAACCAUAUACAUUUGGCCCUCACGGGUAGCAUCAAGACCCAAACUGGCAAAGAACGUCAUCUCUGUAGAAAGACAUCUUGGGCUGCCUCCAGCAGUGCUUCACUGGGAGGGGGAACUUGUCCGGUCGCCCACGGUCCCUUGCACUUUAUGAGUGACCUUUUGUGUCGUGAGUAGUCUGUGUGGAGUGGUAGUGUUUUUGCAUAAUGCAAAAAUGAUCUGUUCCUUUUGUCAUUAUUGGAGAGCGAAAACAUAUAUUGAGACCUAAUAUAGACCUGAUGACUUAAUAUUUUGAUAAGUUUCAUUUGACUUGUAUUUUUUUUUUUUUUUUU